AUGAUUUCGAAAUCAUGCGAAGAAGGACUUUGGAAAAAGACAACUGAAAAAUAUGCAAGUAAUAAAAUAAAUGUACUACACGUUGCAUGCUAUAAAGGAAAUGUGAGACUUGUUCAAUCUCUCAUUGAAUGUGGCUGUGAUAAAGAAGAUAAGUGUGAAAGGGGAAAUACUCCACUCAUUAUUGCAUCAUCUGAAGGUCAACUUGAAGUAAUUAAAUAUCUUAUCUCAGUUGGAGCUGAUAAAGAAGCAAAGAAUAUGUCUGGAUAUACUCCACUCAUUUGGGCAUCAAAAAAUGGCCAUCUUGAAGUUGUUAAAUAUCUUAUCUCUCUUGGAGCUGAUAAAAAAGCAAAGUCUAAAUGGGGAGAUACUCCACUCAUUUGGGCUUCACGUGGAGGUCAUCUUGAAGUUGUUAAAUAUCUUAUCUCUCAAGGAGUUGAUAAAGAAGCAAAGGACAUAUCUGGAAAAACUCCGCUCAUGUGGGCUUCAAUUCUUGGUAAACUUGAAGUUGUUAAAUAUCUUAUCUCUAUUGGAGCUGAUAAAGAGGCAAAGGAUAAUGACGGAUCUACUGCUCUAAUUAUUGCGACAGUUAGUAAUUAUCUUGAAAUUGUUAAAUAUCUUGCAUCUCUUAGAGAUUACAAAGAAACAAAGAAUAACUUUACGACAACACUCUUUUGGGCAUCAGAAAAUGGUCACUUGGAAGUUGUCCAAAAUCUUAUCACUCUUGGAGCUGAUAAAGAAGCAAAGGAUAAAUAUGGAUAUACUCCACUAAUUAUAGCAUCAAGGCGAGGUCAACUUGAAGUAAUUAAAUAUCUUAUCUCAGUUGGAGCUGAUAAAGAUGCAAAGGAUGAAGAUGGAUAUACUCCACUCAUUCUUGCGUCAUAUAAUGGUCAACUUGAAGUUGUUAAAUGUCUUAUCUCUCUUGGAGCUGAUAAAGAAGCAAAGGAUAAAUUUGGAUAUACUCCACUCAUUAAAGCAUUACAAAAUGAUCGUCUUGAAGUUGUUAAAUAUCUUAUCUCUCAAGGAGUUGAUAAAGAAGCAAAGGACAUAUGA